AAAGCCUAUGAGAAAAGACUCUCUGCUUCUAAAAAGGAGUGCCAAGGAAGUGCUGUAAGAAGGACUGCUGGAGAAACUGAGGAGAGUGCUUCUGAGGAGAGGCAGCUCCACAUCCAGACCCCAGAGCCAGUUGAAAACUACAUCAGUGAAGGAGAGUUUGAAGAUGAUCUGAGUUCUUCUACUCCGAGCACAAUAGAGCUAGAGAUACAUGGAUCCAGCCAAGAAACAGAUGAAGAUUAUUUUGAGACCCUGUCACACCAGAGUGGAUCUUUGUCAGAUGUAAAAACUGAGCCUUAUGAGAGUGCAUCAGACACAGAAUCUAUUUCCAGUGAUGUAACUGGGGAAACUUGUUUGGAUUCAAACUGCCUUUUUACGGAAAAAAAAAAUCUGUUCUGUAGUCUUCCUAAAGCAAAGGCAGAAACAGCCCUCCAUGAACUUCAGUGCUCAAAGCAAUCAGAAUUUACCCAGCACGUUCAGUUAGAAGUGUCCUCCAAAAUAAAAGCAGCACCAAGCAAAAUCAAAUUGUGCAUACAAUCUGUGAGGUCAGAAGGUGAAGAACUGGGUGAUGAAGAACUAACACUAACUAGUGAUAUUUCCAAUACAGACAACCAAGUCAGUGAAGAAGGCAUUAUAUCACAGACAAAUAAAAAGCUUGUAGCAGUAUUGCAAAAUAAAGUAGAGUUUGAAAGCAGUGAAGUGCAGUCCUGUAGUAACUCAGUACCUACAGAAGAUGAUGUUACAAGACAGAAGGAACAUCCUGCAGUAUUAAGCAUUGCUUGUUUCAAAGCAAACUCAGAAAGUUGCUUGAUUUUUCCUGAGGUACAGGAAUUUUCCUUCCAGUCAGAUGCAGCAUCAAGCUGUAGUUUACCUGAUCUUCUUUUUGAAACAAAUGGACCUAACCGUAAAAGUUACACUGAGACAUCUGACUGUAAGUGUGAAUUAGAUUCUAUGUCCAGUAUAAAAUGCAGCAGGAGGAACUCAGUUGACAGUGAGGAAACUACAGGUAAAAGGAUAAAACAUGGAAGUACGGAGACCAUGUUGACAUCAGAUUCAUUCUUUUACCAGAGUUGCUUCAGACCAAAAUUUCAGCCAUCACUCACAAGGUCAGAGAUUACAGAAAGUAAAACAUGGCACAGUGUACCUGAAAAUAUCAGUGUUCAAAGCAAGACAGAAUAUGCGGGGAACUGUAUUCAUCUGGCAGACAAAUUUAGAUGGUCAUGUUCCAGAAUACAUCUUCAAGGGCUGGAUUUUGAAUACACUUGGAAAAACUUAGGAAGGGUACCUGUAAGCCCUGAAAAGACAAUAAAAAUAGAAGGAAAAUCUCUUCUUAAUACUGACAUAGACUCAAAAUGGUGUCAACUUUCUCAACCAUCAGGCUCCUCCCCGUGUGUUGAUUAUUAUUUGCACUCUGAAUCAGAGACGUGUGGCCUUAGCCCAGAAGCAGUAGGUACAUGUGCUGAUAGCUUAUCUUCUACACACAUUGAUGCCUAUGAGUGUAAUCUGAAACAAAAAGAGACUUCAUCUGCCCUGGACUGUGAGCCAGUGAUCAUAAAUACUGAAGAACUUAUAAAAAGUGACCAGUACAAAGCUGAAAGAGAUCUGGAAGCAGACAGAUUUCCUUGUGAUAUUGAUGUUGAAUCUGGCAUUGCUGACACACAGAACCUAGCAGCUUGUCACGUAGGUUUUCCUGCUGUUGUGGAAAAUCGAGACUGUGAUUGUUCUGUAAACUGUGUUUCCACUGGUAAAAUACAGCAAAGAAAUUUGAAGGAGAAUGGCAUUGAAUCUGAACUGUCAGGUAUGGAGAUUGUAGUAGGGGAGAGAUGUGUAGAUGAUUCUUCUAAUCUUGACUUCAGUUGGAAAGUCCUGGAAACCACAUUGCAGCCAGGUGACAGUAACACUGGGGCAGAGCACGCAGAGUCAGUGCAGCAAAAUACAAGGAGCAAAACUGGUGCCUUAAGGAGUCACUCUGAGCUAGUAACAAAUGAACAUCCCACUCAUAAAGGAAAGGAUGAAGACAGUGUCUUUGCUGUUGAAAUCACUCCCAGAUCAGAUUAUAUAAGCCAGAGAAGUCAUUUAAUGACUCUUCCAGAGUUAAAGCCUGCCCUAAUUAUAGUUUCUGUAGAGCAGAAAGGACUACAGUCCAAGACACUGAAUUAUAACCUUCCUACUGAAGUGGUAAGUGGAACACUGACAGAUGUAGUGAGCAAGGAUUUGAUGUCUCCUCAUACUGUCUGCAAAGUUCAUGAUGAGUCAGAGAAAGUUCUGAGUGAAAGCUGUAGCCGUGAAGAACAAAUUCCAGCCACCUACCUCAUUCCUGGUAGUGCAGAGGUACUCCCUGGUAGGGAUACAGCUGAAGAAAAACUGGAAUUUUCUCAAGAGAAAAUAGAGAAAACAGAUGCAGUUUCAUCCUUAGGGUUCACCUGUAGUAAUUCCAUGGUAACAAGUGCAAAAGAGGAAACCAAGAGUGUUACUGUACCAUUGGGCAAUGAUACUGCAGAAAGUCAGGCAGAUCAGUCUGAAGAAGUGCUCUUAAAAUCACAUAGCAGAAGUGGUGUUACGAUCUUGAAGAAAGAGCCCUGCAGAACAAAGACUGGUUUUGAAUUACAGACAGAACAGUUCAGAAAGUCAUGGGCUGAAACAAGAGAUGACCAGGUGUCUAAGGAAGAGGAAUUCAAAGCACACCAAGGCAGAGAGGAAGGUUUAUAUAUAACUAGUGCAGUAACACUGGAAAUAUGCAGUGUAAGCAAUUUGUGUCAAGAAGAUGGUGCUGAUGUUGACCUUCAAGGGCCUAGCAUCAUCUCUGAACAAGCAGCAGGUAGGCAAGGAAGUGAAGGCUGUAAUGGUUCAAAGGAACAACUAGGUAUUUGUGAAGAACCUUCUCCUAGUGAGGGAAGGGAGGGCUCUCCUGCAGAAGACACAGCUAGCCCUAACAAAGACAGUACACUGAAUCUAGAUGUGUCUGAUGUCUUUAACUAUUCUGUGAAAAGGGAGACCCAUAAUGCUUGCAUGCUGGGCCUAGAUAAUAUAAGUACCUGCAGCACUAACAGCGAGGAACUGGAUGAGAACUCAUUCCACAUGCUGGGAAGUAACAGCAGUCUCUAUAAAGCUGUACAAAAGCCAACAAAGAAUGGGAAUAGUGGGAAAGCUUCCAGGUUUUUAGUAUUCUCAAAAAUGACAUCUUUCAGGAAAACUAAGCCUGCCACAGCAGAAAAUCAGGGAAGUAACAGCUUCUUUGGCAGCAAGGCAAAGAUGGAAGAACUGGAUGCUGGGAAAGAGGAUGAGGACACUGAAAGUUUACAGUCUUUCAAAAGUUGUUCAUCUGGUUCAGCCUUCCAUAGGAAGGAAAGCUAUACCUCUGAAUACUCUGACGACGAUGAUUUAUUCUAUGAGAGACCUGCAGGAUUAUUCAACAGAAUGAGCCUGAGGAAGGCUUCUGGCUCUGGUCGGAUACUGAUGGAAGAUACAGACACAAAUUCAACUUCUCCCACACUGUCUGCUGUCAAAUAUGCAGAUCGGCAAGUUUCAGGUUCAUCUGAAAAUAAUGACAGUGAACCUGUGGAAUACUCUGGGAUUAGAAAAUCAUUCCCUGAAAAUGAAUACAAAAGAAACAAAAACCCUGAGGGUAAGAAGUUCAGGACAAGGUUGGCUUUGGCACACAAAUCCCUCUCAAGCUUAUUUGAAUACAGAUCUCCAGAAAAGGAAAAUACCGAGCAAAGCUCAAGAGUAUCACUGAAAAAUGAAAAAGAGAAAGCCAAAAUUCGCCAGAGCACCUGGAAAGCUUUUCUAAAAAGCAAGGAGGCAGAUGGACUAAAAAGGCCAGUCUUAGCAAGUUUAUCACCAACACAGGAGAGUCUUAAUGCAACUAGUGGCCAUGUAACGAGAACAUCAGUAGAGCGACAGGAUAGUUCCAGUGGACACACAUUUUUUAAAACAGAAACAGCUAACAGCUCCUCAGCAGACACCAACUAUUUUGAUACCUUGGUGGAGCCUGUUGAUGUCUCUUCACCUGCAGGUAUGUGGAGAAAACGAAUACAGUCCCAGGACAUGGGCAUCAGAUACUUGCAGAGUUCAGACUGUGAUGAACAACAGGAGGUUCUGGGCAACAGUUUAAAUACUUCUCUAGAGGAAUACCGGGUGAAAUCUCCAUUUAGCCCCACUGACUUGCAGUUGCCAUUUAGUCAGUCAAGUCCAUCAUGUCCCCAGCUCUCAAAUUCUGAUGGUAAAGACAUGCCUUGUAGGCCCAUGAGUCCUAAACCACAGAGUCCACGAUCCACUUCUCAACACAAGAGUUUCCGUUAUCCUGGAAGAAUAUGUGCCACUUCAAUGAUCUCUCUUGGGCACAGCUCUGCAGUUGAAAGCAAUUUGGAGGCUCCUGAGAGACCAAAGACACUGAAACCCAGAGGUAGUCUCUUACUUUCAGUACACUCAUUGGACAAUGAACACCAGAGGGAUGACAGUGGCAUAAGCAGUCAAUCCCAGAUCAGCUUAAACACAGCUUCUUCCAUUAGUGACAUGCUCCGAGAUGAGUUUGUAAAACAGGAGUCUAAGCAUCAAUGCCAAACACCACCUGAAAAGAGGCCAAGUGAGAAAUGGGUUCCCCAUCGCAAAAGGAAGCCUCCCCAGGUUCCACCAUCCCCAUGUCCUAUCUCCGCCCUUGAGAGCAAAGCCUGGAGGCUUUCCUUCCUUGCUCCAGAUGAAAAGACCAAGGAGAUUCGAGAGAGGAGGAGGAAAAGACCUAAACCUCUCUAUAGGUGCUUCAGCUUCGAUGAUGUUUGGAUGGAGAGGAACCAAAAAAGGAAGCUAGAGAAGGAGACACAGCCAGAGAGAGGGAUUCAAUUGCGACACCUCCCAGAGGACCAGUUAAAAGCUGUAGCAAAUACAUCCAUCACGUCUGCUAUUGCCUUUGACAUCCUACCACUGAAGCUGCAUCCAUUUUCCCAGAGCACUCCAUCAGGCUUAGACUGCGUGGGCUGGAAACGGUGCAUCUCCUCUCCUGUGAUUGCUGAUGGGGCGCUGGAUAAGACAGCUCUGACAGACGAUGUGGGAAGCGAGGAGGACCUGUAUGAGGACUUCCGGAGCGCCAACCACCGCUACGGCCACCCUGGGGGAGGCGGAGAGCAGCUCGCCAUCAAUGAGCUCAUCAGCGAUGGCAGCGUGGUGUACGCAGAAGCCCUCUGGGACCAUGUCACGAUGGAUGACCAAGAGCUGGGAUUCAAGGCCGGCGAUGUCAUUGAAGUAAUGGAUGCCACCAACAAGGAGUGGUGGUGGGGGAGGAUUCUGGACAGCGAAGGCUGGUUUCCAGCCAGCUUUGUACGGCUGCGAGUAAACCAGGAUGAGCCUAUGGAAGAUUAUCCCCUGAAGGUAGAGGGUGGCAAAGAGGACGACUCCAGCAGUGGCACCCGCCGCUUUGGGAUGGGGCAGACCACCAAAGACCAAAUGAGGACCAACGUCAUUAAUGAGAUCAUCAGCACAGAGAGAGACUACAUCAAGCAUCUGAAGGACAUCUGUGAGGGUUACAUUAAGCAAUGCCGCAAGAGAGCUGACAUGUUUACAGAGGAACAGCUGAAGACAAUCUUUGGGAAUAUUGAGGACAUCUACAGGUGCCAGAAGAAAUUUGUUAAAGCACUAGAGAAGAAAUUCAACAAAGACCACCCACAUUUGAGUGAGGUUGGCUCAUGCUUCUUGGAAUAUCAAACAGAGUUUCAGAUAUACUCUGAAUACUGCAACAACCACCCCAAUGCCUGCAUGGAGCUGUCCCGCCUCACCAAGGUGAACAAGUAUGUCUACUUCUUCGAAGCCUGCCGCCUGCUGCAGAAGAUGAUUGACAUCUCUCUGGAUGGGUUUCUGCUGACGCCGGUGCAGAAAAUCUGCAAAUAUCCACUGCAACUGGCUGAACUGCUCAAAUACACCAACCCCCAACACAGGGAUUUUAAAGAUGUCGAAGCUGCCUUAAAUGCCAUGAAGAACGUUGCUCGGCUCAUCAAUGAGCGAAAGCGGCGGCUGGAGAACAUUGACAAAAUUGCUCAGUGGCAGAGUUCCAUAGAAGACUGGGAGGGUGAAGAUGUCCUAGUCAGAAGCUCAGAACUCAUCUAUUCUGGAGAAUUAACCAAGAUCUCCCACCCUCAAGCCAAGAGCCAACAGAGGAUGUUCUUCCUCUUUGACCACCAGCUUGUCUGCUGCAAGAAGGACCUUCUGCGCCGGGACAUCUUGUAUUAUAAGAGUCGGAUCAACAUGGAUGAUAUGGAAAUACUGGAUGUAGAAGACGGGAAGGACAAGGACUUCAAUAUCAGUGUGAAAAAUGCAUUUAAAUUGCACUGCCGAGACACUGAGGAAGUCCACAUAUUCUGUGCAAAAAAGCCUGAGCAGAAACAGCGUUGGCUAAAGGCAUUUGAGAAUGAAAGGAGACAGGUUCAGCUCGAUCAGGAGACAGGUUUUUCAAUCACAGAGGUGCAGAAAAAGCAGGCAAUGCUGAAUGCCAGCAAGCAGCACCAUACUGGGAAACCCAAGGCUGUCACCAGGCCAUACUAUGACUUUCUGAUGCGUCAGAAGCAUCCCACCCUGCCUACUACGCUCCCUCAGCAGCAAGUCUUCAUGCUGGCAGAGCCCAAGCGCAAGCCCUCGAACUUCUGGCAGAACAUCAGCAGGCUGACGCCCUUCCGGAAAUAAGGGCAGCCCCGUGUUUGUGCCUGAACCCCUUCUGAGAAAAAGCACUUUAUCCGUCAGUCCUGGGAGGUGGAGCCCAGGUUCUCCCGAUCCUUUGUUUACAGAGGAUGGCACAUGUGCUCCUGACUUCCCUAUUUAUUUUCCAGACCAACUGACCGCACUGGCCCUGAGGUGAGACACCGCAUGGGUGCUUGCACACACGUGUGCGUUUGUGCCAGUCCCAUCGAGCCAGCCUUGCACAGUGCCCAAGAGGCAAACCUCCAGGAAGAGAUCACGGGGAGGGAGCCUGACACCUUCCACCUGAAAAGAUCCUGCUUGCCAGCUGUACCCGGCCUCGCUCCUUCCCGCUGUGGCCACUCCUGCUGCCAGGCAGGCGCCGGAGGGGAGGGCAGACCCCGCGCCCGCGGCUCCCUGCCCACCGCCACGCUCGGAGCAGCAGCUCAGGCGCUGACAGGAUGCAUUUCCCAUGGAGGGAUAAACCCUUCUGCUCUCUGCCCACCCCCUCCCCCCAUUUCUCAGACAUGACAUGAUCCUCCUACGCAUGGCUAACUAAUUCAGUUAGCCUUUGCAGGCGCUCAGACAAGGCAACAGUGAGUACUGCACUGUGACCUUUUCCUUUCCUUUAGGUUCAACACCACUGAUGAACUAUAUAGUACAUUAAACCAUGCCAAGCAACCUGCAGCAUGAGUAAAGUUCAAGAAUCUCUCUAGUGGGUUUGAGUUACAUAAGUUAGAGAAAAAUGUGCCUAAUUAAUACUGUACUCAGUUCCUUAGAUUCUCGUCUCUCCAUCAUUCUGCCAUAUUUCCUGGCCAAUGAAAAUGCUCAUUGUUUGUAAUGUGUUUAUUUAUGGUAAAAAUCAGAACUGUGUAUUUUGUAAGUCUGUAAUUGUUCUUGUCAGAUGUUAACUUGAUGCCUGUUUUGUCUGUUUUGGUUUGGUUUGUUUUUUUCUUUUUUUUUUUUCGUUUGUUUGGGGUUUUUUUAAAGAAAGGUCAAUAUUUGCAAACCUAGCUCCCAGAAGUCAGAGUGUACAGUUCAAACAGAAAGACUAAAACCAUGGUUGUUAUGUAAACUCCCCCAGAGCCUCAAUUCAAGGGGUAUUACUACAGGUUUUUGUUACCUUUGAAAAAUUGAAAGUCUCUUUAAAAAGGCCUAAAUUUGGCAUUAAGAGCCUCACUUUAAGUACCCAAGUUUCAAACUGUGGCCAAAAAGAAUUCAUUUAAACCUCGGUUAGCAAAAGGAAAGAUUUGCCUUACCACAGCAAGAGUUAGAAGCCAUACUGACUGAAUUCCCUAGCUUAGGAAACAUCCUGUGACAUUGGAAGGAAGACACCUGCUCAUUCCAACACGAUGCUAGGGUGAGUGAGCACUGUCUGCAAAGCUCAGAAAUCCAGUGUUUGUUGAUGCUGUAGCUGACCAGAGUCUGGUCAUCCAGGGAUAUCUGAAUUCAGUAGCAUGUACAAAGUCAUUCUUGCACUAUAUCUUCCCCCCAGACCAGGGGCAACAUUUACUUUCAUAAAGAAACUUGUAAAAGUGACUCUCAGCCUGUGUUUGUCUCCAGCACGUCUAUCUGUGUGAACUUGUUUCUCUUCAAAGUCACUGUAGAGAUUCUGCUCUUGCAGCUUAAAAAGUGGCCGCUUAUCAGUACAAGCCUUGCCAGAAGGUUACGCUCAAAGCCAUCCUUUGGAUGGAAGACUGGUGAAGCAGAGACAGUACCAGAGAGGUGCAGGUCAGUCAGAACCCUCAUGAAGGUUUAGCAAGCCUCCAGCUCCCAGAUUGCUGCUAGUUACUUAAAUGGAAAACAUGUCUAGGAAACAUCAAAAAAGCUGCAGGGGAUGCUCGAGCCCACUUUGAGCAAUAUGGAAUUAAAGAGGACUAGUGAACACCGAGAAAUAAGAAAUGUACUUGAAAGAGAAGCCAGCUUCCCCUCCCAGGCCCUGGCCACCCGCACAGCCUGCAGCCUGCUCCCCUGCCCUUAUUCCUUGGAAUACACACACUGCCACGCUCUCCUAGGCAGGACCACGAGUGACAUAGCCAUUCAAUAUGGUCCUGCAGAGAGUAGUCACCCAAAAAAUCCACAAAAACCCCUAAACCUUCCCUCUCAGGCAGAAGCACAAAAGAUGGCUGCCCAGGGCAGGUUUAGCACUUCCCUCCGCCACGUCACCCCACGCAAUGGAGGAAAAUGGGGCUUACCAAACUGGAAGCAGAGCCUCGAGGUGCUGCCUGAACCAGCAGUCAGUUACAGGUCCGGUCUGCCCUUUGCCAAAAAGGCCUCUCAGAUGGGUGCAGGAGUUGGGAAAACAAGCCAGUGGGACGCUGCAGGAAGGGCCUUCAAACACUGCACAAACAGAGGUGGUUCACUAGAACUGGGAGGGGGAAAACAACCAACCAACACUAAACCAAACCCCUAACCAGCCCUCAUUUGCACGUGACAGCCACGUCUUGUCCCUUCACCCCCCCACACCCGCCCUGAGCCCUGGCUAAACUCCCCUCAUGGGCCAGGGCACAGUGACAGCCUGGGCUUUUAGCAGCCAGCGUGAUCUUUUGACAGUUGGGGCUCCCAACCUGAACUAAGAUACAGAACAUCCAUUCUCUACACUUGAGAAGACAGUGUGUCAAUAAUUGGGAGGGGGGCUGGGGACACGUGCAGAAUAAAAAAAAUCAGCUUCUAGAAGAAGCCACUGAGAUGAGGCUCCACUACAUACUUCUUGCCAAGUAUCAAAAUUAACAGCGACACCUCCCAGAGCCAUGCCAGGUUACUCAGUACUGUACAUGCCAUGAGCAUGACAAGGUCUGGACAUCCCCCGCAGCCCCCCCAUCCCCAUUCUAAAUGCUACUAAGAGCUGCCUGUCCCCAGCAUGGCCUCUGCUAAAUCCCGGAGGCUGCCACCAGUCUGCCCUGACGCCCUGGCAGGGGGAGGGCAGAAGCUGCACUGAGCUAACCCAGCCCUGGCAAACAGCGUUCCUCGGCGCCGGGGCUUCACCAGCCCCCCCUGCUCCCACAGCUACCCCAAGAUUAGCAUAAUGCCCCUUGCAACAACAAACAUUCACCCCUCCAACAAGCUUAAGCCUUCGCAAGCCCCUUCAGGUGAACACGCCCGUGCUUGCUGCCUGCCCGAGGCACAAGCGUUGGCCCAAGAAGCGCUGCUGCACUCGCCCUGAGCAGAGCCACGCUCCCGUGCGACGCCGCAGCAUCCCCAGGGCUGCGUCAUCCCAGCCAGCACCCCUCAGUAACAGAAGGCAACGGUCACACUUUUGUGUUUACCCUCGGUGUCUGCACCCUCCUUUCCUUAUCCAUGGUGUGUUUGUUUUGAUUGGCCAGGAAGAAAAUCUGUUGGGACAGGAACGAUCAAUUUUGCUGAGCGUAUUAGUAAGUGGGGAGGAAUGCUGGCUUGGGCCAGUGAACCAGGGCUGGCAGGGACCACUGGACAAGUCCCCCCACAACACACCCCCCCCCCCAAAGCAAGACCAACCGCAUCAGGCUGCUCAUGGUCUUGUCCAGUUGCAGUCCAAGUGUGCUUAAGGAUCGAGUUGCCUCCAAAACCUCUUUGGGUCCCUGUUCAAUACCUCACUGUCUCCAUUACGAAAACCACUUUUUAACGUCUGUUCAAAGUUUCCCUUGCUGCAACUUCCAACCUGUUUUUAAUUUGUAUGUUGCUUUAUACACUCAGCUUUACAUUGAAGUCACUCCAGUGCAAAUCCUGACCUAUGCCACUGAACGAAGUGGGGUGACAGCGGCACAGUACCCUGAAGUGCAGCAGCUUUGAAGGGCAACAACAAACACCCCUGCCCUCCCCCCGCUAAAACAGACAUAAGAAUUGGCUACUAUUAAUCAUCCAUGUAAUAAUACUCUGAACACUAAAUGUGCAUCACGUUAUUUAAAUUACCAGAUUAUUUACCACCUCUUCCAGAACUUACUACAUAUCUAACCAGUGCACACAAACAAUUUAUAGAAAGAUUCCUACAUAAAGAUUCUAAGUGCCAAAACAGACUUCUCUGGCCAAACAGUAUACCCGUCAAUGAAAAGUUGUUUAUUUCUGGUAGAGAAAUACAUUCUCUACUUGACUGCCUACUGUUACUCUUCCUAAGAAGUGUCUUCAGCUGGGAUUCUAGUCUUGCAAGAAACAUUUGGAGCUAGGAUCCGAUCCCCUAUGCAAGCCUGAAAUCAGGUAUAAAGGCUCACCACGCUGAAAGAGGUGGAAACCUUGUAACACAGUAGGUGGAGUUACAGCAAUGACACUGAUAAACAAGAGCAGACUCACUUUGCUCAACAUACCUACCCACACAUCGGCAUGUGAACAGACCACUCCGUAAAUCUGAAGAGGAUUUGUCAUCAAGAAAUGCAAUCCCUUCUUUUCUACCCAGCACUACUUCCUGAUUCUCUAACCACAAAACCUAUUAUUUCCUGAACAAACUGUGUGUCGGAUCAUGUGUAACCUCCAUUGGUUUUCAGUGAUUAGACACUCAAAAGUCAUUUCAUCUCCUAAGUUACUGAUUAAAUGGUAAAAUGUGCGUGUGUCACAGUGGUAACAGACUAACCAACACUGAAUCUCCCUCCUCUUCACCCUGGCAUGUGGAUUUUGAAUGGAGUUACUCACAUUGUACCGUCAAUUAAAAGUAUCAGGGAGAACACGUGUGUAAGACAAAGCGUUCAUGUACAUGUUACAUAGAUUCACAAGAUCAUCAUCUAAACUCGUAAUAAACGGGCUUUCUGGCAUACGAACAACUCAAGUACAGCUUCUGUCAAGCUGUCUGAGAUAAAGGACAACACAAUCUUACCAGAUUAACAAGAGUCCGUUUGAAAUACGAAAAAGCGGAGAUUUGAGACUUCAGCACCCACUCCUCUCCUCUGGAGAUGAACCUUCUACAUGGCCAGAGACACAGAUUUUCAUGCAAAACAAACUGAAGUUCCUGACAUGAAUCUGAACAGCACCAGUCAUUCCAGAUUUCAGAGUAGAAACCACCUAUCUGCUCGGAAAAAUACUUCUGCUAUUGAGUUGUAUGAAAAGGACAAGAUGACUGGUUCCAGGGGUGGUUUGGAGGUUUUUUUAGGGGUUUUGGUUCUAAUUGUUCCUCUCGUUCUGUAGAUAUCUGUUUAGGAAGCUUCUUGUGAAAAACCACCAUGUUUCUUAAUGAGUAAAAUCUCCCCAGAUUUCACUUGGACAAGUAAGAACACAGACUUACGUAAAGCAUGUGAAUCAAUCAGAAGAAUGACUUGCUGAAGCUAUCAGUAAAAUGAACAGAACCAGUGGCUGCUAGACAAUCUAGUGUCUGCUCUGCCAAAAGAAAUAAUAAUAAAAAAAAUCUAUGUUGAACUAUUAGUUUGGAAUAACUGAGUCAGAAAAUGCGGGUGUAUACACUAGAAAAAUGCCUAUGCUUCAAGUUUUGUUAGAAUCAGCAGUACAAACUGUCACUGUACUAAAUCAAAAUGACAAAUAGAUCAACUCCCAUGGAGCCAGAGGUUCCCAUGAAGCAGCCGUUGGAACCUUUCCUGUUUCAUCCAUUACCUGAAGAGCAGUGGGGUGCGGGGGGAGGAGCCCCCCUUCCCUCCGGCCUAGUCCACAGUCCAUCGCCCCGCGGCGACACGCUGCGGGAAAUCCCAGCUGCCCAGGACGCUGCUCCGCAAAACCAGCCCAUCCCUCUGCCACCCAGAGGCCCCCGACAGCUUCCCGGGACCCCGGAGAGCCAGGGCUCCCUGCCCGUGACCGGGACAGCUGAAAAUGAGGGACCUACAACUAACAGACACGCCAAGAGAAUCUCAGCUGCAGGCUGAAAAGGGUGCAUUUCUUGGGAUGCCAGAAUGACAGAAAGAGUUUUUCUUAAGAAAAAGGCCUUUCUUCUUUUGCAAUAUAUGUCAAAAUAUGACUGUGCUCCUCCAGAUUUACUGUAGUGAAAGCGUGUCUUCUUCUAACAGCAGAGUUAAAUAUAUCAACCUUGCCACUGAUUUUUAGUAUUGCUCUUCUGAACAAAUAUUUUACCACUUGCUACACAGACUACUUUAGAACUUUAUCAGCAUCUGUGAAGUGGCACAGCUUACAGCAAGUGCUAAUUUCUUAUUUUACUGUUGUUACUUUAACUGUUUUCAGUUCUCACGUCAAGUUCCCCACAUACCUGCUAACGAGGGUUAUGGCACUGCAGUACCCAUUUGGACAGCUAAUACAGUAGUACACUAAUUCCUGAAGCUUUAAGAACGGAGCUGGUCACACUUCAUUCAACUGCUGGAGCCUCAGCCUGUACCUGCUGCUACUCAAGUUUUCUACUAAAGUUAGCAGGACUUGCCACUGCUACUGACAAGUAGCAGCACCACAUCCAUACAAUCAUAAUGUCUCACCUACGAUGCCCUGUACCAGCCCACCAGUAGAAAGUCCCUGUCCCCAGAGCUCCCUGCUGACACAAAGCAGUAGGAUCAGGUCUUCAGGUAAGUAACAGGCUAAAUAAUAAGAGCUUUGGUAACGGAUAGGAAUUACCUGAAAAAAAUCUGAGGUGUUUUCAGAUUAUUUUAAGCCACUGAAGUUACAGUGUUGUUAAUUCAGUUUGAUAGUGCAGGGGAGGGAAUCCAUUUUCAAAGCAGCAGAGACCAAUCAAGGCAACCCAUUUCAGAGCUAAGCUGGCACGAGGUGGCAGUCAAAACCAUGGCACGGCAGCAGCCACAAUGCACCCUGCAUUUUUCCACCGAGUGCUACACAGAUCAGGGUUGGGUAUCUGAGGAUGGCCUACCGCACCCGCAAGAACACCAGCGACCUGGAUUUCACUUGCCUUUACACUCAGAGCCACACAGCUUCGGGCUCGCGAGGGGCCGAAGGGCGCUCGCUCCUUCCCAGCCACGCAGCAACCGCAGCUUGCCCUGCCCUGGGAUUAACACCUCACACCACAUUUCAUUUCUCACGUCUCCCACGUUUCCUGAACAACAAGCUACAUUACUAAAAUCCCAUGGCUUUGGCAGUGCUGGUGGUUUUAGGGAAAUAUACAGGCUGCUUGUUCUUUUCUUUUUGCACAACACUCCUGUCACUUCCUUCCCUGCAACUACGCCACUCUUCUCUGCACACAGCGAGCUUUUCUUUUGCACAACUUUCCUACCAAAGCAGCUCCCUGUUUUACAGCCUGUGCAAAUGGAAUACCUGUGAUAUUUAACCCCGACUUGUGUACCUUUGUGUGUGACUGUUUACAUUUGUGAGAUGGGAAAUAAACAAGCUAUCAACUUUACUUUUGCCUAAUUCUGUAAUCCUCCCAUAAAACAUUAACUACCAGGUAUACACAAUAAGCCUUUAUACCUGCCAUAAUCAAAUGGAGCUACGUAACAGUAUUCUGCCUAAGAGUUCCUUCUAUCUUUCCACACCUGCUUCUUCCCCCCUUUCUUAGAAGUAGCAGCCUGCCUGCACAUCUAUUAGCUGGGCUUGAUGACAGUAUUUUCUUUAACCUCCAGCAACCUCAAACAAUACACUUGCUGUCUAAAUCACACCAUCAAGAAAAUCCUCACCUCCAGCAGCCGCCACGUUAGCAUUCGUGCGUUGAAAGCGGGCACAGCAUUUGGUCUCCACCGUGAGGUUCACAUGAUCACAAUUCUUACAAUAAGGCUGGUAAAAGCGAAACUGCGGAAAGGCGUGCUCCCCCUCCCUCUUUCUGAAGCAUUAUUUUGUCCCUAUAUUUUACCUUUCUUGCCCAGAAAACAACAAGCUAUUGUAAAACACUGCAAAAUAUACUCAUAUAGCCCAAAAAUGAAGGUCCAGUUACACUAAUUUAAGCUGGCAUUUGGGCUACUCGGUGCCAAGUUUUCUCUGUCAAGUUUGUGUUUGAAGUAUCUUUUAGUCCACCAAGGUCUAUAGCUACGGGUUACUCGCACCCAGGAGGCUCAGCACUCUUCCCUGGAGGUCUGCCAUUCCCUCCGUCACACAGACGAUACAGCUUCCCGUAGCUACCAAGCACCUCUUACAGCUGUGCAGUUUUUUAAAAACUUUCUUUAAAGUAGUCACAUGGACUCCAUUCUACUCUGGAUGAUUAAAAUAGGAUAGCUAAUAGCCCGAGGGAUUAUUGAAAUAAAAUCCAGGAGAGCACUUAAGCCUCCCACACACAAAUCAGACAUUUUAUCCACGUAAUGCAGCAACACCGUCUACCUCAGCACUGUGACUGACAUUUCCUACAAAGGCAAAUUACCAUCUCAAUAAUCAUCAACACAUCACUCCCAAUUCCAGGGGAGCUCACCAGCAAAACUAUUUGUGUCACCUGACUUUGUCUACAGCGAACUCUACGUGGAGUUUGGAAUCUAAAGCUAGAUGUUAGAAAAAGCAAGCUUGCUUUUUGUCAAGAAAACCUGAAACUCAAAAAUUCUUGCCUUAUUUCUAACAAUCAGUUAGAAUAGAACUUAGCAGUUACUUUACUGGAAGGGGCUCUGGCUGUUAUCAAAUGUUCAAAGCUGCCUCUAAAAUGAGGGGAGUUCUCAAUGCAUCUAACCUUCACAGAAAGUAACUAAGCCACUCAGCAGCAAGGAAGCGGGAGAGUAACGCGCAGCACAAUGUCCCUGCAAAAUGUAUCUGGGAAGAGGGAAAAAUCAAACCAUUACUGACCCACCAUUUGAGAAGUUCCAUAGAUACAUUUGAAACAAACAACAAAGAAGUCCCAUAUACAGACUUAGAAGUUCUGUAUCAUGUUAUGAGUGUCAGAUACAGUACAAAGUAAUCCUCGCCAACAACAGACCGUCACAAGGACUACAUCAGAAUCCCCCUAACCCAAGAAUGAUCAGCAUAAUUCUGAAGAACAGUAUUAAUUUCCCCUUUAUAUCCUCCCAGAUUCCAGCAACCCACUGGUUCAGGAUAAUGAAUUCUCAUCAGCUCCAGUGAUCUGCAAAACAACUCCUGAACCUAUUGACCUGUAAAACAAAAGUGACCCCAGGAUAACUGACCAGCAAUUAGCUUGAGGUAAAAACGCACUGAAAAAAAUCUGUCCACGGGAUACCUAGAGCUUGGCUACUAUUUUAGAAGCUCAGCUGCUUGUCUAAACAGUGUAACACACCUGUAGCAAUAAUCUCAAAAACAAACUGCUAUUUCUGCAGACUGAUGCAGUUACUGACAUUAUACCUUCCUCUUCCACACGCGUUGCUUUUCACAGGAACGUUACGAGGCAAGUUAUUGUUAUUUUUGGAGACCUGCGAUAAAUGAAAAUAGCUGGUUAGUUCAACAGUAUAAUCCUGUCCCCCCCAAAUAUACAUACUUCCAUUUUAACGUUAGUGUCAUUUAGAGCCACCCACUCUCUAAAGAAAUAGGAUAAUUACCCACACCUCACACCUACUCAACUCUUUUCCUUCUGGGGAACCUUCAAAGCACUAAUUCACAACAGCUUUCUGCUCAAGGCCUGUCACCUCUGAAACAGCAUUGAUUUGGUAUCAAGUAAAUGCUAGAGCAUUGUGAAAUAUUACAUCUGAUCCAUUUUCUUUGUUUUAAGCUAGAAAGUAAAGUAGUAAAAAAUGAAAACCCCAGGAAACGCAUCGAAUGGGAAUGAGGCAGGGUUGCACCAUCUCUACCAUACUCUGAAGGCAGGGCAACUUAGGGCAGCUUGUACCCCCUUGGGAAGCCUUUACUACUGUUUUGUUAAUCAUUAAGAAACCUUAUUGAGAAAGUCAUUAAACCAAUUUAAAUGUUUUGCUUAACUUCUAUCAAUCACCAGAUUUCAUUAAGAGUUUAAACAUACCUUACUGCUAUCCGGCAACAGACUCUUGUCUAAAAGGAUGUCACCAAAGACAGUAGGAAAAAACCACAAUAAGCAACACAAGUCAAUCUUUAUUGAAAACUGAAGUAUUAAUACAUAACAAUUCUUGUUACAAUAAACGUGCUUUUAAGAAUUUAAAUCUGAGCUCAUCUACUCAUUGAAUUGCAUAAAAAAUAAAAAAGUAUGAAUUUUCACAAUUGAACUGGCUCAGAAUGGAAUCUCCACUCUUUGUGUUGAUGCGAUAGUUCAAUGCAGGAGUGAGUGAUGCCUUAAAACUUAUCCUGGAAGACAACAUUGACCUAAACUUAAAAAAAGUACCAAUACAACUGUUUGUAAGACAGUUUUAAAAAAAGUCAUAAAAA